AUUUAUAAAAAAAAAAAAAAUGAAAGCAACGGGUUACGGAUCCAUGCGAUAUCUUUCUUCUACGUUUGAAAGGCUCGAAAAGGCAAAAAAAAGGGGGAUUUUUUAUUUGUUUUGAGAGCAAAUUUUUCUGUGAAAAAAAAAAUUAAGGGAGAUGCGAUUGCGGUGGUGCGUGUGGCCGUCCAAUGAGAGAUCGGCGAAGGAGGAGCACCACCGUUGAUGGGAUUUGUCGAGUUACAAAUGACUUGGCAGCCGAGUCUACUCAGUGAAAAACGCAAGAAAGGCCCUCCUUUAGGCUUAAGAAACCUCGGCAACUCUUGUUACCUCAACAGCGUUCUUCAGUGUCUCACCUACACUCCACCGCUCGCCAAUUUCUGCCUCCGCUCCCAACACUCCUCCUCUUGCGACGCCUCCGCCUCCAAGAAACCCCGUGACUGCCCCUUCUGUAUUCUUGAGGCUUGGAUUACACGCUCCUUAACCCUCGAUCUCACCCUCGACUCGCCUUCCAAGAUCCAAAGCUGCCUUAAAAUCUUCUCUGAGCAUUUCCGGUUCGGCCGACAAGAGGACGCGCACGAGUUCUUGCGCUACGUCAUCGAUGCUUGCCACAACACGUGUCUGCGUUUAAAGAAAUUCCGGCGAAAGGGAAGUGAAGGAGGAGGAGGAGGAGGAGAAGCGGUGAAUGGCAAUACCGUAGUUAAGGAGAUCUUUGGUGGUGCUUUGCAAAGUCAGGUUAAGUGUUUGGGGUGUGGUGGGGAGUCAAAUAAAGUUGAUGAGAUUAUGGAUAUUAGCCUUGAUAUCUUGAAUAGUGGUUCACUUAAAGAAGCUAUGCAUAAGUUUUUUCAGCCUGAGAUUUUGGAUGAACAUAAUAAGUACAAGUGUGACAAUUGUAAGAAAUUGGUGGUUGCAAGGAAGCAAUUGUCUAUACGUCAAGCACCAAACAUCCUAGUUAUUCAACUGAAGAGAUUUGAGGGAAUAUUUGGUGGGAAGAUUGAUAGGCUAAUUACAUUUGAAGAAGUUUUGGUUCUUUCAACCUUCAUGUCUAAAGCAAGCCAGGAUCCACAACCAGAGUAUUACCUAUUUGGUACUAUUGUGCACUCUGGAUACUCACCAGAAUCUGGACAUUAUUAUGCAUAUAUCAAGGAUGCAAUGGGCAGGUGGUAUUGCUGCAAUGACUCCUUUGUCUCACUUUCAACCCUGCAGGAGGUCUUGUCAGAGAAGGUUUAUAUUCUUUUCUUCUCUCGUACUAACCAAAUGCCAGGGUCUUUCAGUGCCACAUUUUCUUCCAAUGGAGUUAAACCACGUGAUUCUAAUGGAAGCAAGGCAUCUAAAAUCCAUAAAGCUGUUCAAUUGAAGCCUCUCCAAACAAAGCCUUAUGUUGAACAAUCUUCACCGAAGGAUAAGGUUGGACUGUCUUCUGGCCCACGGGCGAAAUUCAAUAUUUCUGAAAAACCUGGUCCCAAAAAGCUUCCUGUUACAAGUAAUGGAAAAGUUGACUUCCAUAAAACUCUGAACAUCUCUGUGAAUGGAGUUUCAAGGGAUUCAAUUCAUAUGGAGAAGAAUGAGAAACAUAUGUUGUCAUUGAUGAAUAGGAAUGGUAUUGACAAGAGUAGAAAAGUUGAUGCUGUUGGUAGUGGAAAAAGCCGACCAUUGGAAUUGGCAAAUGGAAGUUAUAUGAAAUCAGAACCGUUUGUAGUUAAUGGUACCAGGAGCUUGGCAAUUGGAGGGCAGGUUGAUAUUGCCCCUUUUGAUGCCUGUGAUAACACAAGGCGAAAGAAAAAUUCAGAAAACUUGUGUGAUAUUUCAGGACCAAAAAGAAAAUCGGAAGAUUCUUCUGAUAUCUCCAGGGCAAAGCGAAAAUUAGAAGGUUCUUGUGAUAUCUCACGGCCAAAGAGAAAAUCUGAAAAUUCCUGUAAUAUCUUAGGGCCAAAGAGACAAUCAGAAGCCUCUUAUGACAUUUCCGGGCCAAAGAGAAAAUCAAAGGACUCCUGUGAUAACACAGGUCCAAUGACAAAACCAAAAGACCCCUUUGUUAACGCAGGGCCAAAUGGAAAAUUGCAAGACUCCUGUGUUUACUCAGGGCCAGAGAAAACAGAAAACUCCUGUGAUUUCUCCAUGCAAACGGAAAAAUCCUGUAUUUUGCUUUCCCAGGAUGCUGAAUCUCGUGCAGAAGUUGAGAAUAUGAAAGAAAUGUUGGGAAAAGAAGCUUCUUCAUUUUUGCGGUCUUGUGGCUGGUACAAUAAUGUUUACAGUUUCAUGUAUUUGAGGAAGCAGUUGUACAGGCAGGAGAUUGGAAGCACCCUUAGUGGCAAUGAUUUAGAGAAGAAGUUGAUUGUAGAUGCGAAGUCAACCUUUAUUCGACAAAUACCCGAGUCACUGAAGGAGGAAUUAAUCAAACUUCUCCUAUCUUUUAGCCAAACAAAACGAGAAUCUCUGGAUCCUUGAUCAACUUAACUGUCUUGUAGCGCAAAACCUCGGUUUAUAAUCUAUAUUACCAAUUGGUGUUGCAGUGAAAGAAUAUCUUUGGGUGUAUGUUAGUCCUGUCUCUUUGAGCGACUUCCAGCAAAAUGGCAAGAGAUUGCCUUCUUCAUACAUUAUCAUUUGUGGAUGGCAAUAUCAUGAUGCUUGAAGGUGACCUACCGGUGAUUUUGAGAUUAAAGUGUAGAGUUCAAAUAUUGCCUAAAGUUUUGAUCUUGGAGACCUUGAAGUUGUGGUUUUUUGGGAGAGAAGUGAUGAAUCUUAUUCAUUUUGUACGAUACGCAUUUAUACAUUUUGGAAAACAUCAUUCGUUAGCAUAACAAUUUUGCCACCAAAAUGUGGUCGGUGUUACCCGGUGUAUGUAAUACUAUCAAUGAGUUAAAUGCUAUUUUCGAUGUUUCUUCAUCUUUGACUGCCAAUUAUCACAUUCCUUCUGUCGGUUCAUCCCCUCCAUUUGGAAUUGUUAAAAGAUUCUUUCCAACUUUGUAUAUUUUUUCUUAUUUGGAAU